AUGGCGGAUAGAAUCAGUUCUGAGGAGAGACAGAAUAUGCUUUUGCGGAAACAAGUUAAACAUAUGGAGGAAGAGUUGAAGAGACGCAAGCUUCACUUUGAAGAGCUGCAGAACGAGAAAAAGAGACUGGACUGUCUCCACAGCAUGAUGGAGGGGGACACGAAAGACAUCGCUGAGCAUGUGGAACGAUGCAUAGCUGCAGGAGAGAAAGAGCUGGAGGAGAAGGCGCAGCGGGCACAGCGUCAGCAGGGGGGUGCAGAGGAGAAUCUGGAGGUCCUGAAGCUGAAGCACCAGCAGGAGCUGCAGGAGAUGCAAGAGCAGGUCCAGGAACUCUCCACAGAGGUGCUGGGGGCAGACUUCGACAAGCAUGAGGACCUGGAGGUGCUGGAGAAGCAGCUGGUGCAGGAGGUGUCAGAGAUAGUGUCCGAGUCAGAUUCCCUGAAGAAGCAGCUAGAGAUUCAGAGGAAAGAACAGGAAGCUGCAAUUAGCAACCUGAAGGUCGAAGUAAGGGACAAGAAGAAAAGGAGGGAGCUGGAGGCGUGGAGAAGAGUAGAUUCUGACGUUGAUGCUGAGGUCGCAAAUAUCGUCCAGAAGGAGAGGGCUGAGCACAGUAAGCUGCGAGACAAGGUCAACGCCAUUCUGAACAGGUGCAUACCUGUGUGGAAGGAGAGUUUCGAAACGCGAAAACAAGUGGACCAUCUUUGCCUUGAGACAGACGUUAUGAGGAAGAGUAAUGACGUGGUCAACCAGAAGAACCUCAACUACAGGAAGAAGGAGGUGGAGCCGCUGAUGAAGAUGUGCCAGUCGCUGAAGGUGGAACUGAAGCAACUUAGCACAGCCAGCGAGAGCUUUCUGGCUGAGGAAAAGCUUCUCAGAUGUAAUCAGACAUCGAAUCAGCAGGAAACAGAAGACCCAGAACAACUGAGGGCCGAAAUACUGGGGGCCAGCAGGCGGAGGAGGAGGCUGGAGGGCGUCAGCCAGGAGGCGAUCAUUGUUCUCAGGCAGAUUAUGAAGGGGAAGUCGUCCACGGCUCAUUAUGAGAGUCUGCUGGAGAUCCUCCAGAGAAGCGCCCCCUCGAAUGAAGGCUCCACUCCUGAGCAGACCAGUGCAGGAGAGACCCCCGGCCUCUGA